UCUCUUCUCUCUCAGCUCGAGCAGCUCCACCCACCUGCAGAUAAAAGCCAAACCCUCACCAGGGCUGCUGUUCAGCGUCUGUCCCAGACUCCUCAAAACCUUGUGAUACUUCCACUCUGCAGCAGCAGCACGCACAUAAAGGGCUCAGCAGCAGCUAACACCUGGCCGGAAUCCCGCGCAUGGCCACCGUCCCACUCAUGCCUUGAAAAAGACCCAGAGAAGCGACCCGAAGCGAGGGGAGAAACCGGACGAAGGAGGCGCAGGCCAAAGAGGGGGCGACGACCUUCAGUUUGAGAGGAAAAAAUGGCGGCCGUACCCCUCCAGUCUUUCUCUCUACUCGUCACAGCGUUCCAGCUGUGUUUAUUACGCCCGACCCACGGCGGGGCGUAUUACGGACACAAGCAGCCGCCUCAACAGCACCAGCCCCUGCCACAAUACAAUGACGGGUAUCCUCAGCAACAGUUUUUGGGUAACGAGAUGCCACUUAUGCCAUUAGUGCCUCAGUAUGGAAAAGAGCUUCCACAGCUGCCUUUGCAAAUGGGCAAAGAGAGGCCACUGACUGAGGGCAAGGGUCAAACGUUUCCCAGAGGGGCUAAAGGCCCGCCUCCCCCCGGCCCGGGCGGAGAGGGGCUCAGAGAGGGACCGCAAGGAAUCCAAGGCCCCCCCGGAAUAACGGGACCGCCGGGACCGCAAGGCCCCCCGGGACUCCCGGGCCAGGGAACGCCAGGGUCACCGGGAAAGCCGGGACCUCCCGGUCCUCAAGGUUACCCGGGGAUAGGAAAACCGGGCAUGCCGGGAUUGCCGGGAAAACCCGGAGGACCCGGAUUACCGGGAGCGAAAGGCGACCUGGGUCCUAACGGCGGCGAAGGACCGACCGGACUCCCCGGGCCGGCGGGUCUCCCGGGUCCCCCCGGACUCCCCGGGAUUUCGAAAUCGGGAGGCCAGGGGCUGCCGGGGCAGCCGGGUCCUCUGGGGGAGCCCGGUCAAAAAGGUCCGCCCGGGAUACCCGGCCUCCCGGGCCCCAGGGGAGACAAAGGACUCGGUCUACCCGGUCUGCCGGGUUUGAAAGGGCCCGGCGGGCCGCCGGGUCCGCCCGGGAACGCGGGCAUGCCCGGCGUCGGUACGCCCGGCCUCAACGGUCUCCCCGGGCAACCGGGGAUACCGGGAAAGUCCGGUCCUCCCGGAGAGCCGGGACCGGCGGGCUCACCCGGCGACAGAGGUCAUCCGGGACCGCCGGGACCGCCGGGAACGGGAAAACCGGGGAAAGACGGUUUUAGAGGGCAACCCGGGCUCUCGGGAGGGAAAGGGGAACCGGGCCCCCCCGGUUUACCGGGAGGUCCGGGAUUGCCGGGCUACGGUAAACCGGGCUUCCCGGGACCUAAGGGUCACAAGGGACACGCCGGUCUUCCCGGUCCUCCGGGCUCUAAAGGCGACAAAGGUCACGGAGGUCUCCCGGGCGUCAUGGGUCCCACCGGUCCCGGCGGUACGCCCGGCCCGCCGGGUCCGAUAGGACCUCCCGGCAGUCUGGGCUUCCCGGGGCAAAAGGGAGAGUACGGCGCCGGAGGACCGAAAGGAAAUCCGGGAAUAAAGGGCGAACCGGGGCCCCCGGGCCUUCCGGGACUGCCGGGUAGGUCGGGAGAGGGCGGGCAACCCGGACAGAGAGGUUUACAAGGGCCCGUCGGACCGAAAGGAGAAGCCGGCGUCAGGGGUAUAUCCGGUCCCCCCGGCGCGGCGGGAUUACCCGGACCGAGAGGAGAGGGGGGACAACCCGGAGAGACGGGCCACCAGGGGCCGCAAGGGAUCCCGGGGCUCACGGGACCCGGGGGACCGAUCGGACCUCCCGGGCUACCGGGACAAAAAGGCGAGACGGGCCCGCCCGGUAAACCCGGCUAUCCCGGCGACGGAAAGCGGGGACCCCCCGGUCACGUCGGCCCUCAAGGUAACCCCGGCCCCGGCGGCCCGCCCGGACUUCCGGGGCAAGCGGGAAAACCCGGACCUCCCGGACCUCCGGGACUACCCGCCGUAUCCCCCGACCUCGGACAGAUCCUCCCCGUGACCGGCCCGUACGGCGGCCAAAAGCUAGGCUACAGAAAGAACGGAGGCGAGAUUAGCGGAAACGGUCCGGAGAUGCCCGCGUUCACGGCUAAGCUGACGAAUCCGUUCCCUCCCGUGGGCUCUCCUGUAGUCUUUGACAAACUCCUGCACAACGGCAAUCAAGAUUACAAUCCCCAAACGGGCGUUUUCACCUGUAGCGUACCGGGGGUCUACUACUUUUCCUACCACGUCCACUGCAAAGGAGGUAACGUGUGGGUGGCACUGAUGAAGAACAACGAGCCGGUGAUGUACACUUACGACGAGUACAAAAAGGGCUUGCUGGAUCAGGCUUCGGGGAGCGCCGUACUCCCGUUACGGCAAGGAGACACCGCGCACAUACAGCUGCCGUCGGACCAGGCCGCGGGACUUUACGCCGGUCAAUACGUCCACUCGGUGUUUGCCGGAUACUUGUUGUACCCGAUGUGAGAAGCGCGACGCGCAUCACAUCUGUAUUUACGCGCAGCGUCGGAGUCUGGGUAAGAGCGGUCGCGAAACGACGAGGGCACUACGUACAGAACGAUAAACCAUCCGGUCGUCGGCUACGAUACGCGGGAAUGGGAAAAAAAAGGGGUCCAAAACACGAUCCGAUGAUUCCGGUACGUUUACGUCGCGCAUUUAUUCUUAUAUCCAUACGUACGCGGUAUAUCAUUGUUUGCGACUCGGCCGGAAUAAUUCCUGGAACGUCGAGGCUUUCUGUUGCAGAAUUAUAUUCACUUUUCACUCAUUUUUUUGAUGGCUUUACAGUUAUAAACUGAGGAUCGGGCACAUAAGAUCCUAUCGGUUUCAUCGUACAAGGCAUUUACUCAAAGUUAGGGUAACGUACAGCGGGGUUAUGUAUUUGUGUUUAAGUUAUUGUCUUUUUACGUUAUUUGGAAAAUGCAGCUUUUUAACGCAAGAAAUAGCAGUCCAGAAGAGAAGUAGUACUUUUUCCCACAAUUUGGCAGACUAACUAUCUUUUGAUUGUUUCCUUUUUGACUAUUUGAUGUCAUGGAUUUGUUUUGUUUGUACAAGAAUUCUUUGAAAGGUUCUUUUGUCAGUUUGUCAAUAUUCUCUGUAAUUUAUUUGUUUGACUACUGAUUACUCGGGAUGGUUGCGUUUUUUGUUAAACGGCGGGAGUUGAUUCCAAAACGCAGAACACGGCAUACAGGUUCUGUGGCAAAAAAGAAGACAAAUAUUCAAAACGUCAAUGUUUAUACACCCAUCCGUGUCCGUUCCAGUUUUUCUAUUUAGUUUAGGUGUUGAAACUGCGGAUGAAAUAUGUUUGAACUUUGGACAACGGUGCAUAAGCAAAUGGAAAAUUGUGCCUAAAUAUGUGAAUUUUGGUCUGUGUCGCUUUUACCGGUGAAUUUGAAUAAAUAAAGAA